AUGUCCAAGAAGCUCAUCUUCUCGUACAUUCUGGACUGGAUUGUCAUUCUCGCUUUGGCGGCAGCAGGCGGCGGAUUAAAUUAUGUGAGCCCCAGACAUCGACCAUUCACACUUCUGAGCACCGAGAACUCGUACCCGUUCAUCGAGGAGAGUAUACCGCUCUGGAUUCUUGCAGUGGUCUGUCUUGUGGUGCCGGCCAUCAUCAUCGCUGCCAUCGCUCUCCUGUUGGUACCUGGACGCGGGACCCGUCGCAACUCGCCUCGCUCACAAACAAUUCGCCUAAAGCUAUGGGAGCUGGAAAAGGGCCUGGCUGGUCUUUGUCUUUCUUUGGCGACGGCUUUGUUCAUUACGCAGGGAAUGAAGAACAUGUUCGGCAAGCCGAGACCGAACAUGCUUGCGAGAUGCCGACCGGACCUGGACAACAUUUCCGAAUACAUCGUCGGUGGCUACGGGCAGGACAUCUCCAUCCGAUGGUCCCUUGUUAGCUUCACGAUCUGCACCUCGACCGAUCUCAAGGACCUAGAUGAUGCGUUCCGUUCAUUCCCAAGCGGUCACUCCUCCUGGUCGUGGGCGGGUCUGCUGUACCUCACUCUCUUCCUGUGCUCCAAAUUUGCGAUUGCGAUCCCACAUCUCCCGUAUGUGACCAACACCACCCAAACACUGCGGCCGAGAUCCUCAGACCACGAGCUCCUCCCUCUCCAUGCCAACCGCGCACGCGGCGACUCAUUGGACACCAAGCGCGAAAUCGAAGAUGCCGCUGAGAUGCAAGCCGAUCCGCUCUCCGUACGGAAUACCGCUGCCUCACCUCCGAACUACCUCGUCAUCCCGGCAUUGCUACCCGUCGGCGCUGCGGUGUACAUCUGCUCGACACGAUGGGCCGAGUACUAUCAUUUUGGCUUUGAUAUCAUUUUCGGGAGCUUGAUCGGCAUCCUCACAGCUUGGGUAUCUUUUCGAUGGUACCAUCUCCCCAUCUCUCGUGGACAGGGUUGGGCUUGGGGCGCACGCAGCAAGGAUAGAGCCUUUGCGAUUGGCGUUGGCACUGGUGGAUAUGUUGGAGACGAGGGCUGGAGUAAUUCCAAGGCGAGCGCUGCCAAUGAUGGUGCUGAGCGGGCAUAG